AUAAAUGUAAUCAUGUCUUAGAAUUAAAUAUUUAUAUUCAGUUCUUCGUUAACCGUUCUUAUCAAUAGGUAGUGAUCCAGUUAAACUAUACAAUUUGUUAAUUUUAUAACGUAGUUUUACUUUAAGGCGGCCAUCCAUUGACGGAUGGCAAACGGAUUGAAAUACAUUUGAAAUCCAUUGAAAUCAACGUUAAAUCAAAGCCGACAAUAAACGAUCAUGGCGAACAUAACUGACAGCCACUUCAUUGUGGAAGCCAAAAAUCAGUUUUUCAACUUAUUGGAGAAAGAAUUAGUAUUCGACACCGAAGUCGAUUCGUGGUUUUUAAUGAAAUCGCCGUUGCCAGUGUUUUCCAUCGUAGCAGUUUAUUUAUUGUUCAUUUUAAAAAUCGGUCCAGAUAUGAUGAAGAACCGUGAACCAUUCCGACUCAAACACAUAAUGUUAGUUUACAAUCUUUUUCAAACAACUUAUAAUGCAUUUAUACUGUAUUGGAUAUUUUUUACACCUGGAGGGUUGUCAAGCUUGUGGAAUCAUUCGUGUCAUCCAAUUGAAAGAAGCAAAAAUACAUUCUUAUUAUAUGAGUUGAAUAAAGGUUCGUGGUACUUUUUCAUCUCAAAAGUCGUCGAUUUGUUGGAUACGAUAUUCUUCGUUUUAAGAAAAAAACAGUCCCAAGUUACGUUUUUACAUGUAUACCAUCAUUCAAACAUGGUCAUCACGUGUUGGGCAUAUUUGAGGUUUAUUAAAGGCGAACAAGCAACAUUACCCGGAGGAAUCAAUUCGUUUAUUCACACUAUCAUGUACUUCUAUUACUUCCUCGCGGCAUUAGGCCCACAAAUGCAACCUUAUUUGUGGUGGAAGAGAUAUUUGACUAGAAUGCAAAUUAUUCAAUUUGUAAUUGUUUUACUCUGGUAUAUAGGACUAGUCUGUUUUAAUUGCGAUUAUCCGAAAAUUUACAUUUAUUACAUGUUUGCGAAUGUAACUCUCUUCCUAUACUUAUUCUCGUUGUUUUACAAAAAAACGUACACCAAAAGCCCGAAAACUGUAAAAUCGAAUUAAAUAUUAAAAAAAAAUACAUAAUUAUUGUAAUAGAUAGCCAGUAUGAAUCUAUAAUAUCUAUGUACGAGAGAGUGAUAUAUUGUGUAGUUUUCUAUUUUUACAAAACAUAACAUGUAAAUAUGUUUAGUGUUUGAAAUUUAGUUGCUGUAAAUAAGUAUAAUUUAUUAAUUUAUGACGUAUAAAUAUCAAAAAUAAGAUGUACUACAUCAAUAAGUGUAAAAGAGUAAAUUAUUAAAUUAUUUUAAAUACAUUA